GAUGUAGCAUGCGAGCAACCGACACCUACAACUCCUGCACCUAGCAGCAAUCCAAAGGCUUCAGGUGCUAAUGGUGGUGGUAAGAAAGAAGGUACCAUGGCUGAUAAUGUCCAGGCUAUGGCUAUGAAUAAGGCUGGUGGUACGGGCACUGAUAAAGCAGCCGCUGGCAAUGGUGCUGGUCAGGGGCCUAAACCGCAGGCAAUGGGCAAAAUGGCUGGUGGAAAACAAAAGCAUUAAUGUCUAUUUGAAUAUUAUAUAUUGAUGAUUUAUUGUUUUAAAUAAAUGUUAUAAUUACAUUUAAU